AUGUGUCUACAGAACUGUACUGUCAAGAUGUGUCUACAGAACUGUACAGUUAAUAUGUGUCUACAGAACUGUACUGUCAAGAUGUGUCUACAGAACUGUACUGGUAAGAUGUGUCUACAGAACUGUACUGUCAAGAUGUGUCUACAGAACUGUACUGUUAAGAUGUGUCUACAGAACUGUACUGUUAAGAUGCAUCUUCAGAACUGUACUGAAAAGAUGAGUCUACAGAACUGUACUGUCAAGAUGUGUCUACAGAACUGUACUGUCAAGAUAUGUCUACAGAACUGUACUGUCAAGAUGUGUCUACAUAACUGUACUGUUAAGAUGCAUCUUCAGAACUGUACUGAAAAGAUGUUUCUACAGAACUGUUAUGUCAAGAUGUGUCUACAGAACUGUACUGUCGAGAUAUGUCUACAGAACUGUACUGUCAAGAUGGGUCUACAGAACUGUACUGUCAAGAUAUGUCUACAGAACUGUACUGUCAAGAUGUGUCUACAGAACUGUACUGUCAAAAUAUGUCUAUAG